AUGGCUCGAACACUUUUGAUUCUCGCAGUUUUAAUAGCUGUUGUGUACUUCUUACUUGUAAAAUAUCAGGAUGCAGAUUUGGUGCUCAUGAUUUACGAAGUAAUAGGUGAAAAUCCUGCUGUAGCUUUGCGAGGCAAAGUUGUGUGGAUCACGGGAGCUUCUAGCGGUAUCGGUGAAUAUUUAGCCAGGGGCACCCAACGACGAUUUUCGAAAGAAUAUCUGUUCGGAAGACGAUUUUAGAUCUAGAAUUUUCGGAUCAUUUGUUGUAAAAUUUCUUGCUUGCCUGCCUCUCCUAUGAUUUUCGAACAUCAAAAAAAGGGUAUAAUUGCCUAUUUUUUACGGAUUUUUACCCUAAAAAGGUCACCUAGAAUUUUCGGGAGCCUUUUUUCGGGCUGAAAUUUUCGAAAAGGUAAGUUUUGACCCCUAUAAUUUUCGGAUCACUAGGCUUUCAGCUAGGAAAUCCGAACAGAUGAAAAAUUUUUAGGGGAUAAAAAUAUGCCUAUAUCUACCGUUUAAAUACUAAAAUACUUUUAAGAGUGCUAUGUUUAAGUGAUUUUCAACUAUAUUCUCGUUGGGUGCCCCUGUUUAGCUUACGAACUGGCUAAAUGUGGCUGUAAGUUGGUGCUUUCUGCACGAAGAAAAGUUGAAUUAGAGAGAGUCAAGAAAAACUGUGCAGGUAGGACCAACACCUGAUAAAAUAAAUAUGAAUGUAAGUCUUUGGUGAUGGUGGUUAAAAUAGACCAACUAGGUAAGAUUAAUUUAUACGUAAGCGAGGCCAGACUGUGCAAGUCAUGUGAAAAUAACCACCUGAAUCACGCGAGCCAUGUGAGUCACGCGAGCCACGCAGAAGCUAUAACUCGACCCAGGCGUCUCUUAUCAUUUGUACGCGAUUGCGAAUCGUUUGCGAGACACAAAGGAGCAUAGUGUCUUGAUCUGCGAAGAUUGUAAGCCUGGUUUUCAUAUGUCGGGGAAAAUCCCAGACGAUCGGGGAAUGAAAACUCGAAAUCGUAGAUAUCUCGGAUCGUCUGGGAUGGACAGAGACAAAUCUGAAGAAUUGGGAAAGACUUCCGGCGAUUAUCCAACAUAUUGACAAAAUCUGGGACGGUCGGUAGAAAAUGAAAUACCCGAUCGUCUGGGAAUUCCCGACACAGGUAAACAAGGCUUUAGACGCCACGAUGGCGACGAGAACGAGAGAAAAAGCAAUAGGUUGAAUAGGCAAAACAAGAAAGCUGCACGUACAUCACGCUUUUUUUUUCAAUUACAUUUCUUUGCCGUCACUACACGAUUUCGAACGUUUUAUGGGGGACGCAAACACGUGACGACGAAAUUUUUUUCUCUCUCUGAACUUGAAUGUGGUUGUCAGGAAUUCGGCUCCAAAAGAGUUCGCUUGCAUUUGACAAAGAACACGAGUUGAAAUAAUCCGGAUAGAGAUUGAAAGAACGCAAAUUCACUUUUUAAGUGACGUUUUCGUUGCCGUCGCCUAAAAUCACAAUUUUAACAAAUUCUCCAAUCUGACUGGGCUAUGAGCAGCCCUGGGUGAACCAUCGUGUACGCGCUCUUGAGUCUAUAAAUGUUUCGUAAGUUAUUCACUUAUUUUACGUCUCGCAAAAAGUCUCGGAAGAUCUUGUGUUGUAACCUGUCAAAUUUUCAAAAAUCCUUAAAUGAUUUCUGCCUUACUUCGUGUCUAUCGCGAUCGCUUAUUUUGGGGAUAUUUGAGUCUCCAGCACCCAGCGUUAGAAGGCCGUGCUUUGGCCUGUGGCGGAGGAGGCAGAAAUGAUCACAUUACAGUUGGUAUCAGGCGCGGAUCUACAAUAAAUACUGACCGAUUUCCUACUUUUAUGGAGGUCUGGCAGCAUGCUCCCCCGGGACGUUUUUUGGAUUUUAACUCCUCAGAAUCUCCUCUCUAGGGUUUAUGAGUCAUUUAGACAGGAUAUUUUCUGACUCUCCAAACCAUUCUCCAGAUUUCAGUGGGAAAGUUAAAAGUUUUUGCUAAUAUUUAUUGUGAAAAAUCUGACCGAUUUCCGUAAAACGGUGGAUCCGCGCCUGGGUAUUAAAAACUGAAUCAUUGGAUAAUGCAAUUCUAGAGCUCUGGCUACCAUCCUCUCAAAAUAUGGUAACUGUACGCGUCUGCUCAAAAUUAAAAACAAGCUGAAAAUCGGUUGUUUUGACAAAUAAAGUCGGGAAGAUUUCUCGAUAUUUUGCGGGCGUUUUUGAUAAAACAAUUAUUCCACUCGAGGUUGCUGGAUAUGAGAUAAUCUCCUUAUGACGCGCAUGUCCAUUACCUCACACGCACGAACUGCAUUAAUCAUACGUUUUUAUUUAUUCUUGUUUAUUUCUUUAUUUUGCCACUCAUGUCUAUCUUAUAUCAAAAUUUUCUGAAAGGUUAAAGUAGACUAGUAACAGGAAGACCUCUUCAAGAGAUAAACAAUCUUUGACGAGGAAUUCAGCGACAUAAAUAUUCUACUUGCAAGCGAAUGGAUUAUUAUCUACGUACUGAGCUCGAUCUUUAUACUGUCUUUUCCCAACGAAACAGCAAUUUCACUUGCCCUUGAUCCAUCGUUUAAUGAAGAUCAAGAUAUUCUAGUUCUUCCUCUGGACUUGCUGAAAUAUGACACCCAUGCAAAAUUGGCUCAAGAUGUCCUCAAGCAUUUUGGAAAGGUAACGGGAAACAAGAAAUAGCAGGGGCACCCAACGAGAAUAUAGUUCAAAACCACUUAAACAUAGAAUUGUUAAACGUAUUUUAGUAUUUAAACGGUAGAUAUAGGCAUAUUUCUAUCCCCUGGAAAUUUUUCAUCUGUUCGGAUUUCCUAGCUGAAAGUCAAGUGAUCCGAAAAUUAUAGGGAUCAAAACUUAUCUUUUCGAAAAUUUUAGCCAGAAAAAAGGCUCCCGAAAAUUCUAGGUGACCUUUUUAGGGUAAAAAUCCGUUAAAAAUAGGCAAUUAUACCUUUUUUUAGAUGUCCGAAAAUCCUAGGAGAGGCAGGCAAGCAAGAAAUUUUACAACAAAUGUUCCGAAAAUUCUAGAUCUCAAAUCGAACAGAUAUUUUUCCGAAAAUUGUCGUUGGGUGCCCCUGAAAUAGGCUUGUAAUAAUGGCUGAUCAAUAUAGUGCACUAAUAUUAUGACCAGUCAAGGGUACUGACAGUUAUUAAAGCUCAUUACAAGGACCUAUGAGUAUUAAAGGGAACCUCCACUCUUACUACAGAAUAAGUUUAAAUCGAAUAAAAUUAUGUUGAUAAACAAAUUUGUUCGACAUUUGUCCUUAAAAAGAGUGUCGCUUAUCGCUUAUUUUCACUUUCAAAUUUCGCGGGCGCCGCCAUCUUGAAUAAUUGCCACACCCUUCUGAGGUUUUCUUUGACAAUAAAACAUCAGCACCUGACGUUUUCAGUAGCUCUUCGUUUAUCCCCCGCACGCAUUUUGAGACAAGUUUAGUGAUGAUCAGUUUCUAUGGCUAUGGUGCGAGAUAUGACGUCAUAAGUAGCAGGUGGUCAAGCCAUUUUUGGGUGAAAAUGCAUGUUUUUUCAACUUCUUUCAACAACUUAAAAGUAAAGAUUAGGGAUGAAAUGAUGCGAAGUGCUUAUUUAUGUGUUAUUUUAUAGGUCAACCGCAAAAAAUUACCAUUUCUUGCGGUUUUAGCCUGAUUUCCAAUUCUUGGUAAAAUCCACGAUAACAAACAUUGUUGGUGACGUCACAGGCCUCCAGUAGCGUCACCACCCAUAAAAUAUGCCUCAUCUUGUUGAGAAGAUCAAAGGCUUUCCACUGAAGGCAAAAUCGCUUCCAAAUACAGCAACAUAUCAAAAACUCUAGGAACGGGUUCCAUGAACAACCACCCCCCCUUCCUUGUACCGCGGUGGGGGUAUGAAUAUUCGUGUACGUCCGAGGGUUAAGUCUGAUCGAUGUUUAGCAGAUAUUCUUCAAAUAGCAGUUGAAUAGCCGUUGAAAUGUAUUUUUGCUGUUCUUGCUGUGUGUUUAGGUAGAAGUUUAUCCCGUCGUAAAACGUGUGAAAUUUUCUGCCAUUUUCUCCAGCUCUAUAUAAAAAAAACUCACGAACUAACACAACCUCAGAUUCCCAUAACCAGGGUUUCUCGGUUGCUGUCCCUUUUUUGGGCGAUAGCCUGAAAGUUUGACGUCAUUUUACCGGAUAUCAUGAAGAAUUAUAUUAGGUAAGGCCUUUGAGCAAGUAAAGAAACGGAGCAAUAUUUUGAAUGAAUAAUUUUAUGAAAAUUAGCUAUCUCUCUUAAGUUAACAAACAAUUAUAGUACAGUCAAUAUCAAGUUCUUUCCCUCUGAUAUGUUUCUUCACCUGAUCUUUCUUUUCUUGCAGGUUGAUAUUUUAGUUAAUAAUGGUGGGCGGACACAGAUUAGUUUGAUAAGAAAGACUUCCUUGGACGUCGACAGAGCUAUUCUGGGUUUAAAUACUGUUGGCACUAUUUCCUUGACCAAAGCGAUUCUUCCCCACAUGAUCAAACGCCGUGAAGGACAGAUUGUCAUUGUGAGCAGCACUGUUGGAAAGUUUGGUAAUCUUGCUUUCAAUCCGUACAUUAACUCAUAUUAAAUACCUCUAGAGCUGAAUUCCAUUCUCACGCUAAAUUUAAUAUCAUGCAGCUUGUGUUGUUAAAAUUAUUUAAUUUUUUACAAUUUUUUCCCGCAGGGUAUCCUUAUCUCAGUACAUACUGCGCAAGUAAACAUGCAUUGCACGUACGUAUUCGUCUGGUAACAUUAUUUACUUUUUUCAUCGAUAUGCUUGCGCCCAAAUGGACCUAAGCCCUAUACGUAAAUUUCCACGUUUUUUCCUCUCGCGACCUUCGUAUCAACCCUAGGUUUUGAACUUAGUAUUUAUAUGCCAUGCCGUCAUCCGGAUCGCUCUAAUACGCGUUCAUGUCCCAAGAGGUCUAUUAAGAAUUUCUUUCUUUGCCCUCCUCCCUCCCCUCAUGUGCCACAGAGAUGUAGCAUAGCAAUGAAAAUUGUUUUACUGUUAAUUUUGUAUGUUUAUGCUUCCUGUUCAGCCUGAUUUUGCAGACAUCACGGUAGUUGUAUUUAGUGAUGAUUAAAAUGUCACACUCGUUCUAAUUACUAUAAAAUUGAAUGUAUAUGAAUAUAAUUAAGUAUGAGGAGCCCAAUUUUCUACAAGCUAUUUAGCUUCUAUUGGGCUUCCUCGCCUGACUCUCUAUCUAUUACAAAAGUGAAGUCACUUAAUAUUACUUUGCUUUUGAACCUUUUUUUUUAGCUUUUCCUGACUUGUAUAUUGUGCAGUCUUAAUAAUAAUAAAUAUAUAUUUUUCAUUUUCUCUUUCUGUAAUAUUUAUUUUAUGUGGCAAAAUGUAAGUAAAUAAAAAUAAAUGGUUCAAGUUAAAUUACUACAGAGCUAAAAAAAAAGGCCCCUUUAUAUUUUGGUAAUUUUUGAAAGAGCUGCAAAGUUACAGAAUUGUGCAACCCGGUUGUCUCUUUCGUACAUAUGGAUACGUUUCAUCCAAAACAAAAAUCUUAAAGUUCAUGGAAAUUCAGUCAUGAACCGCUGUUUCCAAAGCACCCCUUAUUUAUUGUCUAGGAAAAAUACAGCAAUGAUUUCCUGUUGAAAUCAGUGAUAUUAAGUCUCUGUCCAGACUAUAUAUUAGUUAGCUAUACAUAGAAACACUUCUGAAGACAAAACCACAGAAAUCGCGCCGAUCUCACUGUUAUUAUGGAUCCCUAUCCGGUAUGAUUUUGUGGUGGCGCAAAGACUAUCCGGCAUAGCUAGUGUGAACAUAUCCUAAUUUCUUCACCAGGGUUACUUUGACACAGCGCGCCUUGAAUUGAUGGAGUACAACGUUGGAGUCCAGAUCAUCUGUCCAGGACCUGUCAUGUCGGACGUAUUCAAGAAUGCUUUUACUAAAGACAUUAACAGGGUAAUAGCGUUUUGUUACUAGAGAGCUUUAGAUUCGGUGACGAGGCCGACUAUGAUAGCAAGUUUUCGCGUGUUCUCUAGAAAUAGAAACCCCGGAAUGCUUUAUUGCAGAGCUUUUCUUCAUCACAACAAACGUUGGUCCUCUUAUUUCUAUCUGGUUUAUUGAAGGAAGUAAAGCUCUUGCGCGAUCGCUAAAUGAUAUAAUUUCUCGCAUUUGAUAACUUAUUUUCGUCACUACGACAUUGUUGCUAAUCCGUAGUAAAAUGGCAACGGCUAUCGCGUUUUCCCCAGCUGGUUCACGCGUUCACUACUUUGUACUGGCACAAUCUCGUUCUCGUAGUCGUCUUCGCCUUCAAAUUUAGAGCUCUCUAAUACAAGAUGUUAAAUACAUGUAUAUACACCUCAUUAACUAUCAUUUUUAUGUAGACUGUCUUACUUCUAGGCUGAAGGAUAAAAUUCAUAUACAGUUAAUUAAAGUGUCUGCUUAGUAAAGACAACAAGAGGAAUGGGCCCAAAUGUGCUCAAUACAGAAGUGAUGGUAUUGAAAAUCAACAGAGUUGUCCGGCAGGGUGCUAAGCCCCUCUCCCCCUCCCCCCACUUAUAAGAACCGCUCAUUAAAGGCCAAUCAACCUGUAAACAAAAAAGACAUCCCCUUUUAAGCCCCGCCCCCUCCCUUUUAGGGUAUAAGUCACCCUCUAGCCUGCAUCGAGAUGAAUUGGAUGUUUUACGUCGUUUUAAAGCCAAAAAAAGCGAGUAAAUUCAAAAAGUAUCUGAUUAGCACUACUAUGUACCUUAUAACAACAGUCCGGAACAAUAAUUAUUUUCCUAAUCUAUUCUGUUUAGCGAAGUAUCAUCAGACAAAAUUUACCUCCGCAUACAAUAUUAUUUGUUUGUAUUUCAGCCUCUUGAUUCAUUGGUAUUGUCAAAUGUUAUGAAGAGUUUGCCAUUAAUGUCAACUGAACGCUGUGCAAAGUUGAUGGCAGUAAGCAUGGCAAACAAUUUGGAUGAAGUCUGGAUAGCAAACCAUUCAGCUCUUGUACUACCUUAUUUAAGCCAGUACUUUCCAAACUUCUUCAGAUGGUAUGUUUGA